AUGACUCCCGAAGAAACAACAACACAACCAUCCAAUCAAGUCAUUUAUCAAGAUCUUCCAAAGAAGCACAAAUUUAAGGGAGAAACUAAACAACAUCAACAACCAUCACCGAUCAACCAUAAUUCGACAUCUCCUGGUUCUUCUUUUAUUGGUAACAUGUCAGCAAACACUUCCACUACUCAGGAUAAUUCCCAAAUUGGAAAUAUUCAAAACACAAAUGCUGCCACCACGUCUGGUGUUACUUCUAUGAUUAAACCUGAAGAUCUUAACACCAUGGUAGAUGAAUUGGAUUACUUGAUUGGAAGUGCUCCAACUGCUUCUUCAACGUUAAAUGCCACUUGUCAACCUUCACUCAACAACCAUUCUUCGAGAGGAACAGUUUCAUUUCUGUCUUCUGAAGAAGAGGAAGAAGCUGCCAUGCAACUUGGAAAUCAAAUUGGUCAUGCUGUUUCUUCUCAACAACCACUCAUAUCUGCAGCAGCAUCAUCGAAUGAAGGUGAUGAUUUGUAUUUAGUGGUGAAUACUCUCAAAUCGGAUUAUGAUACUGAGACACUCAAAUAUGAAUACGAGUACUUCCCAAAGGAUAUUGUCAGGAACUUUACAUUGACCUUACAACGAAUGCUUCUCAAAACCAUUCAACACAUUGCAGCUAAGAAUAAUCUGACCAAUACAGAUCCUGUCUUGAAGAGAGGAAAAACCAUCACUGAUGAACAUCGAAAAGAGUUUUUAAUUUUUGAACUUGGAAAGAAGGCUGUGAAUGUUAGUGUGAAACAUUUCUUAACAGAACUCGAUCGAGAAGAUAUGAGAACUGCAUUGAAGGAUUUACUUCAUUAUGAUGGAGCAGUUCGUGAGUUGGAGAAAGCUUCUCAUAAGGAGAUUGAUCCUGAUUAUACUCUCACAGCUAAAACUGUUCAUACAUUGAAAAAAUCUGGUUUGAGAGCAAACUUUAAAUUACUUUUCGAAAAACUGAAUGCAGAGACCUUACUUGAUAAUCUUCAAGAUUCCACACUCAUACUCUUUUUACAGGCAUUGGAAAUUGAAGAAUUUGACACAACACAUUCGAACUUGGUGGAUGCCAUUCUCGAAGAAAUAUUUCUCUAUGGCGCUAAGGAAGUUUUAUGCAAAUGUAAAAAGAGUGUUCUCAAAGAAGCAGCAGAAGCUUCACAAUACGAUCAAAAGAAACAAGUAUUUGAUGCUUCUCCAACUAAGGAAAUGCUCUCAGAGGUUAUUCUUGUUGAUGAAUAUCCUCAUGUAGCUGAAGAUUUAAUGGUGAGACUGAAAAAGAAGAAACCUCAUUUCUUUGAAUCUAGUUCCAAAUCAAAGAAAUCAACAGCGGAUAUUCCUUCAGAUGAUGAAUAUGCAAGUCCUUCACCAUCCUUUAGCUCUCCAAUUGGAUCAUCCUAUGAUGGAGAUUUGAGUUCUCCAAAUGCUAAGAGUUACAAAAAGAGAGGACGAAAGAGAGUCAUUAACACUGAGGGGGAGAGACCUCAAAUUGAAAAAGGAAUUACCUUUGAAGAUCUAAGAGACAAGUAUUUAGUUCAAGAAUUAAUUGCCUUUGCUCAAUCGAAAGGCAUUAAAUAUGUCGGUGUGAAAAAGAAUGAUCUCUGUAACAGUAUUCUCAAAUAUUUGAAUGGUGAAAUGAUUCUCUCUGGACAAAAGAGAGGUAGAGGAAGACCUCCAAAGAAGAGAAAGCAACAAGAACUUGGUGAAUCCCAUGAAGCUGGAGCUGCUACUGAGGAAGAUGAAGAUGCCAUGAUGGUUGGUGCUAGUUCAAUACUUGCUCAUGGAGGAGAAGCUUCUAUGGAACAUGAAGAGGAUGAUGAAGAAGGUGUUGAUCAUGAAUAA